AACGUAGACAGAAUACUGUCCAGAUUCAUUCCUCUGUUACACAAAGCUUUUAUACAUUACAACCCACGAAAUAAGCUCUCUUUCGCUUAGCUAGCUCAUCCCAAUCUCGUUUUCCCUUCUCUUUUCCGAUUCUCCAUUUUCCUCCGACCAAGACACAGAACGAAAGUUCUUCAGAAAUUGAGAUUUUCUAGCUAGAGAGAUUAAGCUUUGGAAUAGCCUUAUACACACACACACACAUAUAUAUACGAGAUUAGAAUGAUGAUGAGUAGGAGGAAAUCCACGGAGAAACCAGAGGUUUCCACCGCCUUUCAUGUCCUUCAUAAACUUCCUCCCGGCGAUAGCCCUUAUGUUCGUGCUAAGCACGUUCAGUUAGUUGACAAGGACCCAAAUGCGGCUAUAGUUUUGUUUUGGGAGGCAAUAAAUGCCGGAGAUAGGGUAGAUAGUGCCCUCAAAGACAUGGCAAUAGUUAUGAAGCAGCAAGAUAGAGCUGAAGAAGCAAUUGAAGCCAUAAAAUCUUUUAGGAAUCAGUGCUCAAGACAGGCUCAAGAAUCUCUCGAUAAUGUGCUUAUCGAUUUGUACAAGAAAUGUGGAAGAGUUGAGGAACAAAUAGAGCUACUAAAACAGAAGCUUCGCAUGAUUUACCAGGGAGAGGCCUUCAAUGGUAAACCAACCAAGACGGCACGCUCUCAUGGAAGGAAGUUUCAGGUCACCAUUAAGCAAGAGACUUCAAGGAUACUGGGUAACUUAGGCUGGGCCUACAUGCAGCAAGGAAACUAUCAGGCAGCCGAAGUAGUAUACCAUAAAGCUCAGGCAAUCGAUCCUGAUGCCAACAAAGCCUGCAACUUGUGCAUGUGCCUCAUCAAGCAAACACGCUAUACCGAGGCACAAGCUGUUGUUGAUCAAGUGUUGCAAGGCAAGGUCUUGGGAUCAGAUGAACCCAAGUCGAUAAACCGGGCUGAGGAACUUGUCAAAGAACUUGAAAAAUGCCAAUCAACUACAAAACUCAUGUCCUCGAAUUCUUUUGAGUUGAACAUAGAGGAUGCUUUUCUUGAGGGGCUUGAUCAGUGGAUGAAUCAUCAAUGGACACCCUCUAGAUCGAGGAGACUCCCUAUCUUUGAAGAGAUUUCACCAUUUAGAGAUCAGUUGGCUUGUUGAUGAAUCCAUAGAUAAUUACACCCUUUUUUGGGGGUGAUAGUAUUAAGAUGUAAACUGCAAAUAGGCCUUCUAGUGUUCAUGGUGUUGGAUAUUUAGCCGGCCAGGAAAGGGCGUACGUACUACGUAGUUUUGUUGUAUUCCUUUUGAGCUUGUAAAAAUGGUUGAAUGAACUACAAAUAGUUAUGGAAUUUUGAUCUGUUGAAUGGAAAGAAAAAAUAUAUAGAGGGUUUUACAUUUAAA